ACGGAAACGUACGCAUACACAUUAAGCUCUCUCUCUCUCUCUCUCUCUCCCCAUCUAUUCUCUCCGCAUAGCACAGCACCGCCCCCGAUGCAGCGCCAAUCGAUCGGAUCCCCGAGCUCGAAGCUCCAGAUCAAUGGCGGCGGAGGAGCGGCAUCGUCGUCGUCGGCGGCGGCGGCGGCGGAGGAGGUGAAGGUGGAGAAGGCGAUCCGAUGGAGCUCGAGGGCGGAGCGAUCCAUCCACCUCAUCCCACUCCUCACCCUCCUCUGCUUCCUCGUCCUCUACCUCCUCUCCCACGACCUCUCCCCUAGUGAGAUUUCGACGGCGGAGAUCGGGAGGGGCGAUGACGUGGCGGCGGCGAUGCGGAGCCAGCGGGGAUUGAAGGCGGUGGGGAGAGUGCUUCACCGGAAGCUAGGGCUUCUCUAGCGCCGCGGGAGUUUCCCUCCGGGCGCACGUGACACCGGAGCCUCCGCACGUGAGAUGAGGUGUCGGUGCUGCUGCUGCUGCUGCUGCGACGUGGCGAGAGACGAGAGCCACGUGCGCUCGUUUGUGUGGCUAACGUGCGCGCGUUUGUGUGGCUAACGUGCGCUGUGGCAUCACCUCUAGUUGUGGAUUGGAAUAUUGCGUCGUUGUUAAUAUAAAUCUUUUAUAUUAGUUUUCUCGUCCGAGUUGUUGUUGUUGUUGUUGUUAUUAUUAUUUUUGAAAUAAAAUAAUGA